UCGUCUGGGUGGUAGGGCUGCUGUAUGGUGUGUUGUAGUCUGUUUUUACACAGUCUAUGGUUGUAGUUCAUCAUGGUAGAGGAGCAGUUGUCAUGUCCCCGCGGCGCCGGUAGUGGUGCUGUGAGUCCGCCGAGCACUGAACUCCAAACCCCCGCAGAUCUGUUUAAUGAGAGCGGAAGAUAACAUAAUAUCGAAAGUACAUUCGUGAUCGCUUUAACGGUUCACCACCUCAACAGGGAAUAAUAUUCCGUAGCAUAAGGAAUCCCGAUGUAUAUUCGGUGCAGUUGAUGAUCUGUGGCGUUUAUACAGUCUGUCCGGAGUGAGACACCGUAGAGGCUGAACCCACUGCAGCUGAUGUUCUCAGGGACCAGAGGCACGUGAUGUACGAAGGUAAACACAUCCAUUUCUCAGAGGUGGAUAAUAAGCCGCUGUGCUCCUACAGCCCCAAACUCUGCAAGCAGCGCAGGUUGAACGGAUACGCCUUCUGCAUUCGUCAUGUUCUGGAGGACAAAACCGCUCCGUUUAAACAGUGCGAAUAUGUGGCCAAGUACAACAGUCAGCGAUGCACCAACCCAAUCCCCAAAGCAGAAGAGAGAAGAUACUGUAACAGCCACCUACAGGUGCUUGGCUUCAUCCCGAAGAAGGAGCGUAAGAAGAAGCAGGAUGCUCUGGAGGAGGUUCGUGCCCGCGCUCACGUGGAGUCUGUCGCUCUGAACAUCACUGUUCCCUCUCUGGCUCUGAGAGACUCUAAUGGGCUGGACGGCCUCCCUCCAUCCCCGCCCUGCUCCCGUUUGACACCAAUGCCUCUCUCGGACUCUGACUUCCUCGACCCCUUUGCCUUCUACGAGGAGGACACAGACGGAGAGGAAAGCGUGGCGCAGAAGAGCUCCAAUAAGAGGAAGCCGCCCAGCAGGCCAGUGAUUGGCCUGAGGGUGACCGCUCGGGACCUGGAGCACUGUCAGCCGGACAUCGAGCACUUUAGCAGCGUCACUGAACCCUGCACACUUCCAACCUCCCCACACCUACCACAACCACCUCCACCACCGCCUCUGCCUCAACCCUUGGCGAGGCUUGUCCAGCCCCCUCAACAUACAGACCGGCCCGUUUACGCCCAACAUGGGGCAGUGCAGUCUCUGCUAUGCAAGCCAGCUCCACCUCAGACUGGGCCUCCUGUUUUGUCUGGUCUGCUCCCAUCAACUGGGGCUCAGAACCAGCCUGUUAGCCGGAGACCUGUCCCUGCUGCAUCCCCUCACCCACCUGCUGGCCAGGACUGCCCACAGCCCCGCGCCGUGGCCAUGCGCCCCACUGCCUUUACAGCACCCCCUGUCUGCCUGCUCAGACUGCAGCACCUUGUGCAGCUUUACGCUCAGAGACAGAGAGAACACGGAGACCUGUUCCCACAUCUUGGGCUAGACUGGUCUGAGGACAGUUCAGAUGAUGAAGAUACAGAGGAGCUUGUUCCUUUAAUGCCUCAGGCCUGGAGACUUCAGGAAAGAAGCUCCCAUCAAAGUUCCUCCAAUGAAAAGCCGCUUUCCAGGCGGGCACGUCUGGCACAGUUAUGUACAUACCUGCAAGAGAGGUAUAAACACCUGUGCCGACAGGACAGGGCAGCCACCCGUCACAGCAGAUACCGAUAUGCCUUCCGGAAAGCUCUGCUUCAUGCUGCAAGCAAAGACCCCGACUGCACUGCACAGCUCAUUCAGAAACUCAGCAAGAGCUCACAGACCUCAACCUGUUCAAGGUCUGCAGUACCACACAAGUAUGAAAGGACGAUGUGUGCAGGAACCACAAAGGGUCAAAGCUGCAGCAACAUAGCUUUGCCAUUUUCACAUCACUGUUUUCAACAUAUCCUGUUGAAUCGCUCUCAGCAGCUGUUCUCCAGUUGCACGGCACGGUUCGCUGAUGGACAGCAGUGCUCUGUUCCUGUGUUUGACAUCACACACCAGACACCUCUUUGUGACGAACAUGCCAAGAAAAUGGAUAAUUUCCUGCGUGGGGAUGGCAACAGACGCAGUCAGCAGCAGCAGCGGCGCCCACGUAAGAAGACCAAGCCACCUGCACUGACAAAGAAACACAAAAAGAAGAGAAGACGAGGUCCGCGCAGACCGCAGAAGCCCAUUCCUCCCGCUGUGCCACAGGGCAAUUUGCUAAUGCCCUCCCUGUCACUGCCCCCUCACCACGCCCAUGUCAGCAGGAGCCCAUCAACGCCUGAACUCAGUGCAGACGAGCUUCCUGACGAUAUAACGAAUGAAAUGCCUGCCAUUCCCAAUGAUCUUGAGCUGAAUCAGGAGGAUUUCUCUGAUGUACUGCCCAGACUACCUGAUGAUCUUCAGGAUUUCGACCUUUUUGAGGGUAAGAAUGGAGAGUUGUUGCCCACCACAGAGGAGGCCGAGGAGCUGGUCAGAGCCCUGCAGGCCAUGGGGUCGUAUCCCGACUCCCUGGUGUGUUUGUCCUCAAUUGGUGAACUGACUCAAGCGGACGGGGUAGACCACCGAACCAUGGCCGUGUUCUCGGGAUCAGGGGUCACAACGACUGGCAUCGGAGACCUUCUGAAUGGCCGAAUGACUUCGGAGACUUUUCCCAGUCUAGAGCUAGAGGGAAACCUCCUCCAUGCCCCAACAGACCAUCAUUUCCCAACGUCCCCUUCUCCCCAGCCAACCCAGAGCAGCACCACCGCACAGCAGACAAGUCCCAAUGGUGGUUUAACAGAACGAACGUUUUCCCGAGCUCCCAAAUCGGAUUCGUCCCCACCUGUCAGUCAUUACAGCAGCGAGCAUGUGCCAUCACCCUACAAGGUUCACAUCUCACCCCUACAUGGUGCCUCUUAUCAAACCGACUUGCCUCUCUUGCUGGAGGUGCCUUUGAGUGGAGCACCAGGCCCUCCACGCACCUCCUGGAACAACCUCCCUCUCUCGCUCACAGACCCGGCACAGUUUGGUAACCUUCUCUCUGCUGAAACGCACCUGCUCUCCACUGCUCUGUCCACCCCACCCUCCACAUCCCACUCCACAAUCCUGCAGCCCACUGCUGCUCUCUCCGCUCUACCCCAACCGGGCCUGACCGGCCUCACCUCACCCUCAUCCUCACCGUCUUCACGGGACCUUCUCACCCCCAUCCAACCUAAACUACAGCUCCCACAGUUUAGUGCAGCCUUCGGCCACCAACUGGCUUCCCACAGUGGGAUCCCCAAAGACCUGCAGCCCAGCCAUAGCUCGACAGCACCACCUACAGGCAUUACCAUCACUAGUGCCACUGCUGCCACUCCCCCAUUCCCUCAGAGCAACUGAGUCUGGUUAGAGAGACCAUCCCAUCUCACAUUUUAGAGGGAUAGUUCACAAUGGUUAUCUUUUACUCGUCACUAGUCAAUCUCAUGACCUUCUUUUUGCAAGAAAGGAGAAGUUCUGAUCAAUGUUCACUUUCUGCUCUUAAAAUGAAAAUUAUGCAGUGAACAAGUGUUGUCAAGCUCCAAGAAAGUGCUGCCCUUGUAUUCCAUUAUACUUCUGUUUUUCAGUAAGUUCCACCUACUGUCACUGAGUGUAUUUGCAUUUCCAAUAAGCCCAUCAGUCUGAACAGAAAAUCAAAUCUGUGUGAACAGGCCUUUAAUGACUUAAAUUCCAAUCUGUUCCUAACACAUAGCUAUCAGUAUGUCUUCAGAAGACUUGGAAUAUAGUGCACAAAUCAUAUGGACCUCUUUUAAAGUCCUGUCAGUCUCCAUUCACUAAUUGCAUGGAGAAGAGCAGUCUGAACAUUGUUGGAAACAUCUCCUUUUAUGUUCUUCAGAAGAAAGUAUGGGUUUAAGGGUUUAUCUUUUGGGUGAACUAACUCUUUAAGUCUCAUCACCAACAGCCCUGUGUCUCACUGGCACCACAGAUCAGCAGCAGAUUUAAGUCUUUCUGUACACGGAUCUCUGCUUGGUCUGUCAACAGUGUCCAUCCUCUGUUUGUUGUUGUAGUGAUCCAAGAGUUACGUUCUGCCCACAUUUACCCCUUUUCCACCACAUGGUGCUAGUGUAGGAGCUGGUGCAGUGGUCUCUUAGCCGAACCAAUAAUAUUGACAGCCAAACAAUCUAACUGACAACAUUACUAAAUUACCUGAUCAUGUGUCUUAUAGUCAUAGUUUAUUCCAAUUUUUUUAAUUUAAUUAUUUAAUUAUCGCAUAUGACGCAUAUGGUAUUUGUAAAUGAAUCCCUUCAUUGCAGUCAGACAGGGACAGUAAUGUUGCUGGAGAAGCUGUGCAGCAUGAUUAAAAAUAGAAAUGUCAACAGGUUGUUUGUGUGCAGCAUAUUUUUACAUUAUAAAGGAGUCUUUUAACAUCUAGUGGCUCUAAUGUUACUAGUUCUUUGAGACCUGUGGGUUUAGGAGCUAAGGCACAAAAACACUUUUUUUUUUUUUUUUUCAGUGGAAAUAUGCAAUAUAGUGUCAGGCACCAGCGUCAGUGGAAAAGGGGUGAUGGUCUGUUGUACUAAGGCUAGUGAAUCAUAUUCUAUCAUAUUACUUAUUCCAUUAGUAAGUAUUCCUCCAAUGGGAGUAGCAGGUUGUUGGCUGGCUUGUGUCCUGUAGAGUCCUUGAGAUAGGAACGUGCUGGUGUGUGUUGGCUGGAGAAAGAGCAGGGCAAGUCUCUUGUUUAUACUCGGUAUUUGCAUCAGUCUUGGGUAAUCUGAUCACAAGUGGUCAGCUGAGGAAUUAUGGUUAAUGUGCAUUUCCUUUGAACUUAUCGCCACUUAAGAUGGGCUUUUGUUGAGGGGAGGUACUGUGAAUUUUUUUUUUUUUUUUUUUUUUUUUUUUUU